AUGGACAUCCACAACGUCGACUCAAAAUUCCAAAAGCGCGAAUUUCUCGCCGUCCUCAUCGCUGGCUUUGGCAACGAACUCUUACCGCUCACCAGCGACCAUGGCGAUGAACCCUACCCAAAGGCCCUGUUGCCCGUUGCAAACAAGCCUCUGCUCGAAUACAUCCUCUCCUGGCUCGAGCAAGCUGGAAUAAAGGAUGUCCUGCUCAUCUGCCCGGCUAUUCACCGUCCAGCGCUCUACCACCACAUCCACUCUGACGUCUCCUCCCCCUCGCUCAGGAUCGACCUCCAAACAUAUGAAGAAACCCAGGAGAGCCCUGCAGGAACAUGUGAACUUCUCCGACAUUUUUCAAAUCGAAUAACCGAGGACUUUGUGCUCGUUCCCUGCGACUUUCUCGCUCCCCCGUCUCUUCCUCUCAGUCAACUGUUGAACACCUUCAGGGUGGAGUCUACCUCGGAUAACAACCUUUUGACAACAUGUUGGUACCCCGUUCAUGUUCCGGAUAAGACUGUUCUCUCGGAUGAAUGGGGCCCUGCGCCUUCACCACCAGCGAUCGUCGUCGAUCCUGCUACGGGCAGCCUCUUGCACAUCGAUACGCCAGAUGACCGGGACAGGAACAACGAGGAUUUUCAAUUCAGCAUGGGGAUGAUUUCUCGGUUCUCCCGCACAAAACUUACUGCCUCGUUCCAAGAUUCGCACGUCUACAUCUGUCAAAAUAAGAUCCUCUCAAUGCUUCAUCAGAAAAAGGAAUUUGACUCGUUCAGAGAGGAAUUUCUCCCUUGGUUAUGCAGGAACCAGUACCGCUCCCUGAAGCUCCAACCUGAAGGCAAAACAAACGACGUCUCUUCAAGUACACUACUCUCUCAGUCCCUGGCUCUUGGGCACUCCACAUCUUCUCACUUGAAACAGGAAGACCCCUCUUCGGCAAUCCCUGCAAGCCCCAUAAAGGACGACGACAAAGAUGGAGAAACCAGUUCCAACUCUGACACCUCCUCCGAAUCAAACUAUAAAGUCUCCAUCGUCAUCCACUCCCAAGACGCAGACCAAGCCUUGCGUAUCAACACCCUUUACAACUUUCUCGAGAUCAACAGGCAGUUGCUCUCCAAGGCAUCUUAUGCACUCCCGACUGACCCUAAGGAUCGUUCCCUUAUCGACCAAAAGGCUCAAAUCUCGACAGAUACUAUUAUCGGAGACUCGACUCAAAUCUCUGAACGGACUACGAUCAAGAAAUCUGUCAUUGGGAAACACUGUAUAAUUGGCAAGUUUGUCAAGAUCUCAGGCUGUGUGCUCUUGGACCACUGUAUAGUGGAAGAUGGCGCCAAACUCGAUGGAUGUAUUCUGGGCAAGAACACCAAGGUUGGAGCAAAAGCAGAGCUCAGCCGUUGUAUCUCUUGCGGAGGUUUCGAAGUGAACCCCGGAGACGUCCUGAAAGGGGAAAAGCUCGACAUCAACGACUGGAUAGGUGACUCGAAACUGGACGAUUUGCCCGAGUCGGACGACGAAGAUUCUGACGAGGGUGACGAUGACGGCGAUUCUGACGACUCGUCAUAGAAUAUCAAGAGAGGGAAGUAGAAAUAUACACAAAUGCCGCACAAGAAUAGAAACAAGUUUUAAGGCGUAGA